UACUCCACUGUUGGGUAAAAUUUUGGUCACCAAAUGAUCAGGUAUCGCAAAAGUCUGAUACAAACCGUCCUCAAAUGGAAAGUUUACCUUAAUAUCACAGGAUUUUGUUGUAGUAAUUCGUGUGUCCAAAGAUUUCUCUGACAUAUAGAGCCCAAUUUUCUCACAAGAUAUUAAAUCCAAACCAAUUACUUUUUCAAAACAAUGCAGAUUGCAUUCUUGACAGUCGGUAAUCUCAAUUCUUGUAACUGAUCUCAGUAGCACAGUCACCUUAUUGCACAUGUCAAGAUUUACCGAUUCGAUUGCAUUUUCUAUAACUACUGUACAGUCUUCACAGUUGUAAAGAAAUAUGCAGUCGCCUUUCUUUGCUGUGUUUAUUAUAACACCAUGGUUGCCCCUCUGAUGUUCUAUUUUCCAUUUAUUUUCAAAGGAUGUGAUUUCAUUAGAGGUUGUAGAUCUAUGUUUAUUAAAUACUUGUUGACCAGCAUCAUCUUUAUUUAUUUCCUUAAGGAGUGCUUGAUGUUCCAUCAUUUUCUUUAAAUUAGGAUUGUCUCCCAAUGGUUGAGAAGCUGGCAAGUUAAGCGUUCCCAACCAUAAUAUACCAUUUUUAAAAAAGCUUAUUAUAAACAGUGAUAAUUCUUCAUAAGUUUGCAUCCAACUUGUAAACCACUCCAAGUGGACUUUUCCUAAAGUUUCGAUUUCAGUUUGAGCCUUCUGUUUAUAAAACUCAAUAUAAUUAUUUAGUUUUGGAAUAAAUUUGUCCACUUCGUCUUCGCAAAACCAUUCAAAGAUUUUAAUACUCUUGCUUACCAAUGUAAUUUGAAAAAUGUGGUCGCUAGCUUUGGACUCUGCUGCAAUUACUUUGUGUAUUUCCCGAAGUAUUGGUUCUGUCAGAUAUUGUUCAUUUGAGGGGUUGAAUGGCUUUUUGUAUUUACAAAGGGUUUCCACCAAAUUGAUCGUCUGCCGAAAUACAUUGUCAACUGUAAUACUUUGUUUGUAAAUGAGACCAUCAAUUGACUCAGAAUAGCUUUUGUAUUUCUUGAAGGGAUUUCUGUAUAUUUCUUUUAACGUGGUUACACUCAUAAUUUUGAUAUUACUGCUUGACAUUUGAAGUGACUUAUCGACAACUAAAAAAAGUGUCACUAAGAGCGGAGGCAGGGGGUAGGUGAAUAACGCAAUUAACGCAAAGAAUGGCGACGAAUUAGUUACUGUUGCCUAAUAAUUUGGGAUCCUUACGGUAUUUAUUUCAGAAAUGUCAAGGGCAACGAAAAGGAAGCACGUAAUGUUGGAAGUUUUACAUGAUGACUUCUCACACCCAUCAGAAAAUCAACAAAUUGUUCGAGUUUUGGUUAGUCGAGGGAACAAUUUACUUGAGGUUGAAAGUACAAAUGGCAACACAUUUCUUGCGUCAAUGCCAACUAAAUAUCGAAAAAACGUUUGGGUUAAACGAGGUGACUUUGUUCUUGUGGAACCUAUAGAAGAAGGUGAUAAAGUUAAGGCUGAAAUUGUCAGAAUUUUAACAAAUCAACAUGUGAAAUACUUUAAAAAGGAAAAAGUGUGGCCAAAAGAAUUUGAUACUCAAGUCGAGAAGGAAAACAAUGAGGAUGAUCUUUUCGUUAAUACUAAUAGACAUUUUCCAAGUAAUGAACCGAGCGAUGAAAGUGAUACUACCGAGUCAAGCCAUGAAAGUAGAGACACUGAGGAUGAACAAAACAGUGAUAAUGAAACCAGUGAAGAAAAGAAAAACUUAAAUGCAAACUAAAGGUUUGUUUAACAACCAAUUUUUUGCUUUUCAUUUUAAGGGAAUAAAAAUCUUUUAA